AUGAUCAGCAAAGACUCACCCAUAGCAAUAGCAGGCAGCGGAGCCUGGGGUCUCUCCACAGCCCUGCACCUCCUCAACGCAGGCUACACAAACAUCACAGUCUUCGACCGAGCAGAAACCAUUCCCUCCCCCUACUCAGCAGCCAACGAUCUCAACAAAAUCGUCCGACCAGAGUACGAAGACCCCUUCUACACCAACCUCGCCUUACAAGCCAUCAAAGCCUGGCAAACCCCCCUCUUCGGCCCUUACUACCACCACACAGGCUACGUAGUAGCAGCCACAGGUUCCGCGCCUGUCAAAGCCGUAGAACAUCUCGAAGCGGCCCUCUCAUCAAUCCAAUCCCACCCCGAAUUAUCCCCUGGAAUUCGUAGAUUAGAUUCGCCUGAAGAUUUCAAGACUUAUACCUGGCAAUAUUCCGGUCCCCUUACAGGUUUCAAAGGGUAUUUCAACCCCACCGCAGGCUAUGCUCAUUCCGCCGAUGCCUUGCAUGGAAUUUGGCUCCAUUGCGCUUCCCGCGGCGUGCGGUUUAUUCUGGGAGACUCCAUAGGAAAAGUCUCCGCAAUCAUCUACUCCGGCUCCCGAGCGACGGGCCUUGUGACAGCAGAUGGACGCAGACAUCUCGCGGAUCUCGUCAUCGUAGCUCUAGGCGCACACGCCGCAUCUCUGAUCCCUUCAGUUGGGAAAUUUGCCACGGCGAGGGCUUGGUCAGUCGCACACAUUCAACUUUCGCCCUCGGAAACGAAUUUCCUACGUGGAAUUCCCACGACGAAUAUUCGAGAUUUGGGUUUCUUCUUCGAACCGGACCCGGCGACGAAUCUUUUCAAACUGUGUCCUUUGGGGGUAGGGUAUACCAAUACCUCUCCCAGCACGGGAAUCUCUUUGCCGCCCAUGGAUAUCCUUCCACCGCCUCAGGACUUCAUUCCCUGGGAAGAUGAAGUCAAAUUGAGAAGGUUAUUGCGGGAGACGUUUCCUUGGAUGGCAGAUCGUCCGUUUGUAGAUAAGAAACUCUGUUGGUUUUCGGAUACUGAGGAUUCGGAUUACCUCGUCGAUUUCGUACCCGAUACUGAAUCUUCGGUGAUUUGUCUUUCUGGAGAUUCGGGACAUGGAUUUAAAAUGAUGCCGGUCUUUGGGGAGUGGGUUGUAGAUCUUAUCAGAAAAGGGAAACAGAAUGAAGGUAGAUGGAAAUGGAAAAAUGUAGAUCUUACGGGGAAGAAUUGGGGAGAGGGGGUGAGUUGGAGGAUUGGAAAGGGGAGUGAGUUGAAGGAAUUACUGGCUGCAAAGGACAAGUUGGUGAAGGCGAGGCUGUAG